AAAACACAAAAUACCAGACAACUGCAACGACCUUUUCCUUAUCUACACUGAAUGGGAGUCAGUCGCGUCGUCAGCACCGCCGUCCGCGAAGAGCCCGCGUCGCCGACGCAGGCCGUUGAACAGCAACUCGCCCCCGCCCCUCUGAUUAUUCUGGAUUGGGAUGACACUCUGCUGCCCAACACGCAUCUGGCCAAGCUGGGCUUCUCCUCCGAAGACGAGGCUUUCGAAGUCCCCGAGGACUGCGUUCCUGUACUCGAAGAGCUCGCCAAGGAGGUGGAAAAUUUCAUCAACGCCUGCCUCAAGGUCGGCACGUGCUGUAUCGUCACCAACGGCUUGACCGGUUGGGUCGAGCGCUCCUGCCAGCGCUUCCUACCCAACGUCGUGCCGUUACUGGAGCAGAUGACCAUUAUUUCGGCUCGCUCCAACUUCGAGAGCGUGUACCCCGACCGUCCCAUUGAGUGGAAGAUCGCCGUGUACCGUGACCUACUCGCGAAGCGUGGCUUUAUGCCAGAACCGCCCGUGGAGACCCACGGCGUGUAUGUCCAGCGACAGGAGCGGCAGCCGCAACAGGUGAUCGCUCUUGGCGACUCGCAGGUGGACCGCUGUGCCAUCCAGUACGUGGCCCGACGCACGCCCAACACACAGCUAAAGUCCAUUAAGUUGCUGGACAACCCGAGCAUGACGCAGCUACAGAAGCAACUGAACCUGCUCGGCGUCUUCCUCGUGCAACUCAGCGGCCACGACGAGGCGCUCGACUUGGAACUGUCCAAUGAGAUGCUGCAGUGAGCGGCAGCAAAGACUCCAGCGUGCAGGCAUGACAGCCAUCAAGCUAGCCUGCUCCGUUCUCCAUAUCUAUAUAUCUAUAGGGCCCACAAAAGCAGUUGAUAGUGAGGAACCGACGCCAACCGCAGUACGUAAGUAGAAGUGUAGUAGUCCACUCGUUUCUUUGCAAUCUAGAAAGCAACAACGUAAAAUACAUUGCAAUAUUUAUCCAUG